AUGAGCUCAUCCGAAGAAACUCCAUCGCGAGACACGCCAACGACACCUCUUUACCAAACCGACGAGACUCUUCGCACGCACUUGACGCGGGUCACUGCCUUCCGACCGUUCGCAGACCUCGCCGAUGCGGAGCGAGACCUCUUCAAAGCCAUUGCUGGAGAGCGUGAGAACGAUUCAAAAUGUUUCAUUGUCGAGACGAAAGAGACGAUAUUCUAUCCACAGGGAGGAGGACAGCCGUUCGACACCGGCGUCAUGACUGUAUCAGGGCGCAAAUUCAACGUGGAAGCUGUGCGCAAUGCCGCUGGAGGCAGAGCGUUACAUUUCGGCACGUGGGAGGACGAUAGCACAUUUCAGACAUUGGCGGCCGGAGACAUGGUCGAACAACACAUCGACGGCGCCCGGAGAGACCUCAAUAGCCGAAGUCAUACAGCAGGCCAUGUUGUGUCAUUGGCAGUAAGACGGAUGGUAGAACAGGGAGUAGACCUUGAUGUCAUCGAUCAAAAAGCAUCACACAUACCCGGCGCUUGUUUCGUGGAGUUCAAGGGACUCAUAGAUGGGAAAUUCAAGGAUGAGAUACAAUCGCAGACAACGAAGUUUGUCAAGCAGGCACUUCCGGUGAAGCUGUAUUGGCUCAAGCCGGAGGAGUUGGGAGAGAAGGAUGUCAUCAUCUCAGAGGGCAUGCCUGUGGUGAGUGGCCACGACGGACUGGUAAGGAUUGUUGAUAUCGUGGGCGCCGGAGCGUACCCAUGCGGCGGAACUCACACCCCGAACACCAGUGCUUGCGGCGAGAUUGUCAUCACUCGCAUCAAGCGGCAGAAAGGUAUGAGCAAAGUCUCUUAUACUAUAUCAUAG